UUUGGAAUGACUACAAGCUGCGAUGGAUGCCGGCAGAGUUUGAUGGCAUUGAAUUUAUUAGAGUUCCAUCAAACAAGAUCUGGAGACCCGACAUUGUCCUGUACAACAAGUGAGACUGUUGCCAUCAUUAAAAUCCUCAUUAUUUUCAGCUCCAUUGUGACAGACAUUAUUAAAGAUUGUACUGCCCAGAAUGCAUUGAUCAAACAUGUAAUAAACCCUCAGUAUGCAUCUUAUUGAUUCGCAACCUCACAUGAAUGAAUGACUGAAGGAAUAGAAUAAGUAUUAUUAGUGACAUGGUACAAAUCUCUUUAAUGAGAGUUGACAGUGGAUGGGUGGAAGACUGCGCUGUAGGUGACUUCUUGGUGGAGGAUAAGACCAAGGCUCUACUGAAGUUUGAUGGCACCAUCACCUGGAUUCCUCCAGCUAUUUUCAAAUCCUCCUGCCCCAUGGACAUCACUUACUUCCCCUUUGACUACCAGAACUGCUCCAUGAAGUUUGGCUCCUGGACUUAUGACAAAGCCAAGAUAGACCUGGUACUUAUUGGAUCCAAGGUGAACCUGAAAGACUUCUGGGAGAGUGGCGAGUGGGAAAUCAUUGAUGCUCCCGGCUACAAGCAUGAUAUCAAGUACAACUGCUGUGAAGAGAUCUACCCAGACAUCACCUACUCCUUCUACAUCCGGCGCCUGCCACUCUUCUACACCAUUAACCUCAUCAUCCCCUGCCUCCUCAUCUCUUUCCUCACAGUGCUGGUUUUCUAUCUCCCUUCUGAUUGUGGAGAGAAGGUCACGCUCUGUAUCUCUGUCCUGCUCUCCCUCACUGUGUUCCUGCUUGUUAUCACAGAAACCAUCCCCUCCACGUCGCUGGUCAUCCCGCUCAUUGGAGAGUACCUGCUCUUUACAAUGAUCUUCGUCACACUCAGCAUCGUCAUUACUGUCUUUGUGCUCAAUGUACAUUACCGCACGCCCAUGACCCACACUAUGCCGGGCUGGGUGCGCUCUGUGUUUCUCAAAGUGCUGCCAAGGAUUAUGCUGAUGCGGAGGCCGAUUGACGAAGACAGCAUGGCUGGGGGGUUGGACAGCAGUGGGGAGGCAGGAGGAGCUGGAGGGGGAGGAGGAGGCGGAGGAGGAAAAGGAGGGAAGAAGAGGAAGAAUAGUUUAAUGCAGCAGGUCGGAGGUGGCUCACUCAACUGCCUGGAGUUCGGUGACAGCAAGCUCUCUGUAACAGAGGGCUGUACCGGGAAGAAGUGUUCUUGCCCCUGCCAGCAUGGGAAGGAAACCCCAGAAACACCAGACACAGGAAAGAUGAGCCGUCAGCUGAGUCUGCAGAGCAUCAAUACAGUGGUGGCCUUUUCUGUAGUGUCACCUGAGAUCAAACAGGCCAUCGAGAGUGUCAAGUACAUCGCUGAGAACAUGAGGAGCCGCAACAAGGCCAAAGAGGUGGAGGAUGACUGGAAAUACGUUGCCAUGGUGAUUGAUAGAAUCUUCCUUUGGGUCUUUGUGACUGUGUGUGUCCUUGGGACCGUGGGCCUUUUCCUCCAGCCUCUUUUUGGCUUCUUCUCUUAACUGCUAACACAUGAGCGGUCCUGAAACUGAGCUUUUACACCGAUCAGAAGACAGACUUUUAGCGUCUUAAAGCACAUUUUGCUGUGCUGGUUUUGCUUCUUUGCUUCUUUAUUUUUCUACAGUUCUGAUGUUUUGAUAGAGGUACUGCUAGGGCUUUGUUGGGAUCAAAAAUUAGCACAAAUUCUGGACUUCAGAACCUGAGAUUCCCAAUUCAAAAGAUACAAAAGAUUGUUGAUCUGGGAACUUUCCACAUCUUGUAGGCAUAACUGGAAUCUCACUGCUGCGCUGAACUCGACCCUGCGGCAGUCAGUUAAACUCACUCUGCUGAGAUGAAUGAUGACUGUCAUACUCACUCCAUGGUCUAAUACAUCAAGCUGCUUACUGUCAUUGCCAAUUGUACUCACAGAUUUUUUGUGUCAUUUCCAAUUAGACUUCAGAUUUCAGGCGUACUUGGCAGGGCUUUUAAAAAGUAAAGAGCAGGCUUUUCAUGUCUUGUAAUUAGAAUCCAUGUGUUUAUAAAUGUUUGCUUGAUUAAUGUUCCACACAGUAAUUGGUUGGCCCAGUAAAUAUAGAAAUAAAUAGUGGUUGAUUGGUUGUUCCCUGAAAUAACAUCAUAUUGAUUCAUUCAUAAAUGAUAGGAUUCUAUCAUCUAAUUCCAUGGCUAUUAAUUUUUUUUAUCCUUCUCAUUUUUAAUUACGUUUGCUAUUAUGAGCUGACAUGUAAUGCAAAAAACAUGCAUGACAGAAUACUUAAUUGCUUUAAACACAGAUAUAUUGUUCUCUGCUAUAUUGUUCAUUUGUAGAGUUUGAUCCGUUCUUCCACUUUUGGUUAUAUCGAUUCUGUUUUGGCUUUCCCAAAGUGCACAAAACAUAAAGAGAGCAAACAUGUUUGUACAAAUGAUCUUUGCCAUUCUCUUGUCUUUGAAAUGAAAUAAAUGCAAUAUUUCUUCAAA